AUGGCCGCGGAGAACUACUGGAGGUACGCCGACGCGCGGCAGCAGCAGGCCAUGGUGGCGGCUGCGGCGGCCGCGGCGGGGAUGGCGCCAGCAGCUACCGUUGCGCAGGCCGCGACGGCCGCGGGGGGCAUGCAGCAGCACCAGCACCAGCACCAGCAGGCGGCGAUGGCGCAACAGCAGCAGCAGCAGCAGCAGCAGCAGGCGGCCGCGCCGUCGCUUAAGCGCGCGCGCCCAGACUACGGCGAUGGUCCUGGAGGACAAGAGAUGGCAGGAUAUUAUCCGCGGGAAAAUGCAGGUUACCACUCACUUAGAGACAAUGAAGCAAUUGGAGCAUCUUAUGACCGCUACUUACGCAAUGGGAUGCCUUCUGUGGCAGCCAAUGAACCAAGUAGGGCAGUUGUUGGUGCCAUGGGUGGAGGUGCAAUGGUUGGUGGUGGAAUGAGUGGAUAUCCUGUUGAUGAUCGCCGUAUGAUGGGUGUCGUUGGUAUGGACAGCAGAGCCAUGGGGUAUGGUGCAAGACCUGAGCCUCCUCUCCCCCCGGAUGCAUCCAACACUUUGUAUAUUGAAGGUCUGCCUGCAAACUGCACUCGUAGGGAGGUUUCACAUAUAUUCCGCCCUUUUGUUGGUUUCCGUGAAGUGAGGCUUGUCAACAAAGAGUCAAGACACCCUGGUGGAGAUCCUCAUGUCCUGUGUUUCGUUGAUUUUGAUAGCCCUGCCCAAGCUACUAUUGCACUUGAAGCCCUGCAAGGUGAAAAUACUUGUGUUUGCAGAUUUGGAUUAUGUAGUUGUAUAGAUACUCUUAUUUUCAUCUCUGGUAAUAUUCAGUAUCGUAUGUUUUCAUUUUUGGUUUACAUAUUUAUGCAUUCCCCAUUAGUUUCUUCUCAAGCUUGCUUUGAAAUUGGUAAUCAUGAUCAAUUGUCUGUUGUACUUUCUUUUUGCAAUAUGUGCAGCAUAGGUAGAUUGUGCUUUAGGGAUAGUGACCAGUUGACCUUAGCUGGCAUUAAUAGCCAAAAACUCACCUUCCACUGCGCUGCGAUAAUACUAGAAUAUUUAUUCAGACCAUGA